GCAGGGAAACCGUUCAGCACCGUGUAGGCGUACUAAUAAAGUUCACUGACUCACAGCCACUGAUGCCAAACCGAUUUUACGACACGGCUUGGGACGCUAACGCGGCUGAGAGGAAAUUAAUGAUCCUUGAAAUCAAUGAUUUCAGUUCCUGCGGGUGUUUUUUCCCCCUCGAUCACCGACCAAAAGUCGUUUGCCCACCGUUUCAUUUAACACCGCCCCCGCUGCAAAGUCCCCACGGGGCACCCUGGACACACCGUGGGGGCGCGGCGGGGAUUUGAGCGCCUGUGUCAUCGGUCAUUGGUCCACGGGACCCUCGAGCAGACGCCUCCUUCUCUGCCACGAACACGCCACGCACCACUCAUCCCGACGACUCGGCGGACUGCGGAUGAGACUCUCUCUCUCGUCUGGGGGGAGGGCGAGAGGGUGGUGGAAGGGGGAGGAAAAACUUUCGGCCAGGAGAGUGCUUCAAGAGUCUGAUGCGCGGUUAGGUUAUCCGGGGUAAAGUGAUCACUGCCUGCGUAUGGAUUACCGAUAAGUGCAAAAAAGGAGCGCGCUCGUGGCAUUAGUUAUUUAUACAUUCUCGUAAAGCGGCGGCGAUGAGAGAGAGACGCCACAGUGGCGAGGAUCGCCCGCUCUGAACCGGAGGAGUCACCGGCAGACGAUGUCCCGACGCGUGAGUGCUUCUAGAGGAGACGAAGGAGGAUGAAGAAGGGGGGAGAGGGAAGGAGAGCGGCAGAGGUGGAAUAUAAUGAAGUUGAGUGGAAAAGGACUGUGCGCCGUCUUCUCCAGCACCCUCCUCUUCGCCUGCGCCCUGAGCGAAGUUGUCGUUGGACUAAGAUGCGUCUCGCUGGGAUCUACGGUGAGAGCGCAUUUCCACCUCGGCGCCGCGGCCGGCGCGUUCUACUCCGGGCUCCUUCUGGGCAUCGGGCAGGCGCUGCUGGGCUCCGCGCUGCUCUUCUGCAUGGAGAAGCCCGGCUGCAGGAAUUUCUCUCUCCUCGGCGUCGUGGUCUUCUUGUUGGGGGUCCUCACCGCCUUCUCCGGCGCGGUGGUGGACGGGGACACGGCUUCCCUGGUGGAGAGAAAAUACACCCAUUACUGCUUCCACUCGCUGGUCGUGAACCCCGCCUGCGAGCAGUUGAGGGAGUACCACCGGAGUCUGGUGGUGUCCACUGUCCUCAGCACCUUGGAGUGCCUCCUCGGGCUCCUCAACUUGGUGGUCAUCAAAAGGUACAAAACAGCGCAGUUUUCCAGGAGCAGGGAGUCUGAGGGGCGACGCGCCGGGGCGAUGCUCUUCAGCGAGGAGCGGGACUGCUCGGGGGAUUUCCAGCCGGUGUCUUACAUCAACUUGGGGGUUUUUAAUGUGUUCGACGAGACAGGCGCAGAGGUGCAGUGCGGGGGACAUCCGUCCAUCGAACUGCCGGGGUACUCGCCCGCGGACCCGGAGCUCAAUCAUUGUUUCCCGUUCUCCUACCCGCUCCCCAGCGAGCUGCCGCCCGCGUACGAAGACAUUUUCCCCGCCGAGGCGAGCAACACAUAGGCGCUCUGGAGCAGCGUUUCUCCUCCGCUGUGACAAUCAACGACUUUGUGCUUAAAACAGUUUCUCUCU